AUGGCGGCGGUGCCGGAGCCGCCAGCAGCACAAAGCGAGGCCCCGGCUUCGGCUGCGGCAUCGGUCCCGUCCCUAGCUUCAGUCUCGGUCUCGGUUCCGGUCCCGGUCCCGGUCCCGGUCCCGGUCUCGGUCCCAGUCCCGGCCCUGGCCCUGGCCCCUGCCCCGGCCGCAACCCCAUCCCCAUCCCCUACCCCUACCCCAGCCCUCACCCCGUCCCCAUCCCCAGCCCCAGGCCCUGGGCCCGGGCCUGCACCGUCUCCUGCCCCAUCCCCAUCAUCCACACCCUCCCCCACCCUUGUCCCCAAAGUGGAGCCGAAUGAAAGCCCGGCCGAGAACCACAAGCCGGGCCCGGCUCCGGCUGCAGGCCCCGGGCCGGCGCCCAGCCCCGAGCUGCCCGAUAAGCAGACGCUGCUGGCAGUGCUGCAAUUCCUGAAGAAAAACCACUUCAAGGAGGCCGAGGAGAUCCUGCGGAAGGAGGCGAACCUGCAGGAGAGCCUGGACGAGUCGCUGCUGAGGGCGGCUGGCCAGCGGGGCUCGGAUUCGGUCCACCAACCCGACGUUAGCUCGGUGCUUUCGGCCUACAGCAACGAGGGAGACCCGAGCCUGUAUGAGGAAUAUUACACCGGCCUCAAGGGCUUCAUUGAGACGGCGCUGGACGCCUUCAAAGCCGAACUGUCCACCCUACUGUACCCGGUGUUCGUGCACCUUUACCUGGAGCUGGUCUAUAACGAGCAUGAGAGGGAAGCUCGGCAUUUCUUCCACAAGUAUCACGGUGAUCAAGAAGGUUAUUACCAUGAUGACCUGCGAGUACUAGCUGGGCUGUCAAAGAAGGAACACAUGCAGGGUAAUGAGACAGUGCUGGAUUUUCGGACCAGUAAGUUUGUGCUGCGUAUCUCACGAGACUCAUACCAGUGCCUGAAGCGUCACCUACAGGAGAGGCACAACAACCAGAUUUGGAACAUUGUGCAGGAGCACCUGUUCAUUGACGUGUUCGAUGGGAUGCCCAGGAGCAAGCAGCAGAUUGAGGUGACAUCUGGUGGAAUGGCCGGAGAAGCCAAGAGGGAGGCAAAUAAAACAAAGGUGUUCUUUGGGCUGUUGAAAGAGCCGGAGAUUGAGCUGCCUCUUGAUGAUGAGGAUGAGGAAGGAGAGAAUGAGGAGGGGAAACCAAAGAAGAAGAAGCCAAAGAAGGACAGCCUGGGUGCAAAGAGCAAGAAGCAGGACCCCAACGCCCCCCCACAGAACAGAAUUCCACUUCCUGAGCUGAAAGAUUCAGACAAGCUGGACAAGAUAAUGAUAAUGAAAGAAGCCACAAAGAGGGUUAAGCUUGGGCCUGACUGCCUGCCCUCCAUCUGCUUUUACACCUUCCUCAAUGCCUAUCAGGGUCUCACUGCAGUUGACUUCACGGAUGAUUCUAGUCUGAUAGCAGGAGGAUUUGCUGAUUCUACUGUCAGAGUGUGGAGCGUCACACCAAAGAAGCUGCGCAGCGUCAAAGGGGCUACAGAUCUCAGUUUAAUCGACAAAGAGUCGGAAGAUGUGCUAGAGCGGAUAAUGGACGAGAAGACUGCGUGUGAGUUUAAAAUGUUACUGGGACAUGGCGGCCCAGUGUAUGGGACAAGCUUCAGCCCUGACAGGAAUUAUCUGCUGUCCAGCUCAGAGGAUGGCACAGUGAGACUCUGGAGUCUACAAACUUUCACCUGUCUCGUAGGCUACAAAGGACAUAACUACCCGGUGUGGGAUACACAGUUCUCGCCAUACGGCUACUACUUCAUUUCAGGGGGUCAUGAUCGAGUGGCACGGCUUUGGGUGACUGACCACUACCAGCCCCUGCGAAUAUUCUCAGGUCACCUCUCCGAUGUCACCUGCACAAGAUUUCACCCUAACUCGAAUUACGUGGUGACAGGGUCUGCAGACAGGACCAUUCGGCUCUGGGAUGUUCUUAAUGGCAACUGCGUUCGAAUCCUUACUGGACACAAGGGACCAAUCCAUUCGCUGGUGUUCUCUCCAAAUGGCAGAUACCUAGCCUCCGGAGCUACAGACGGCCGGAUCCUGCUCUGGGACAUUGGGCACGGGUUGCUUGUGGGCGAGUUGAAAGGCCACACUGACACAGUCUACGCACUGAAGUUCAGCCGAGAUGGGGAGAUUUUAGCCUCAGGUUCCAUGGAUCACACAGUGAAAAUGUGGGACACAGUCAAAGCCUUUGAGGACCUGGAGACAGACGAUUUUAGUACUGCCACUGGACACAUCAACUUGCCUGACAACUCGCAGGAGCUGUUACUGGGCUCCUACAUGACCAAAUCAACCCCGGUCAUCGGCCUGCACUUCACUCGCCGCAACCUACUGCUGGCUGCGGGUGCAUAUAACCCACAGUGACUGGCACUUCACCACCCUCCCUGGCACCCCCCUCACAUUUUCCAGGAUGAUGAACCCAUCUUUUCCCAUCCUCGUUCCUUGGACUCCACCCUCGAUGGCAAAAUCGAUGGAUGAUGCAGAUAUUUUCACGGUAUCCGUGACCCCCUCUAAUUUAGCCGCUCUCCCUCCAGGUGACUCACCUGCAGCCAUAUUUGCGACAUAUUGUCGUUCUGAGACAUUUUGCAUUAAUGUGAAUGGUGUUGUUGUUUAUUUUUUAAGUUUUGAUGAAGUUUACAAUAAAACUGUGAAAUU